CGAAAAAAAACUCGAGAACCGCUCAUCUUAUAAAACGUCUGCAAAACCCCAAGUACUAGGGUUUUAAACCUUCUUUUCAAUUCCAAGCAAGUCUAUCGCCGUCCAGCCAAAAAUGGGGUUCUGGGGACUCGAAGUGAAACCUGGGAAACCUCAAGUUUACAAUCCCAGAAACGAACAAGGGAAGCUUCACCUCACUCAGGCAACUCUAGGCUCGGGUUCGGGCAAAGAGAAGAGUGUGAUCCAGUGUUCCGUAGAAGGAAACACACCCAUCUACUUGUGUUCACUGUUACCCAACAAAACCGAGUGCUGCCCUCUGAAUCUCGAGUUUGAGGAUGAAGACGAGACCGUUGAGUUCUCGGUGACUGGUGACAGAAGCAUCCACCUUUCUGGAUUCAUGGAGGAUUACGACGAGGGGGAGGAGGAGGAGUAUGAGCUGGACGAAGAUGAUUCAGAUGGUAUGGAUGUUGCUGAAAUGGGGUCAGAAGAGUCUUCUGACUAUGAUGAUAGUGAAGAUGAGAUGGAUGAGGAUCAGAUGGAUCAGUUUGAGGACUUUCUUGAUCGCAAUCUCGAAAUGUAUCGCCAAGCCACCGUCCCAAACAGCGGAGUUGUGAUUGAGGAGAUAGAAGAUGAAGAGAAGCCUGCCGAAGAUAAAAAGACUAAACGAUUAAAGAAGAAGAGUCAAGCUACCAAAGACGAGAACGCAGAUAAACAGAUUGUUGUCAAAGAGAGUGCACCAGAUGUUCCAGUUCUUGAGAGCGAAGAUGAAGAUGGUCUUCCUAUUCCCAAAGAGAAUAAGUCUGGUGAAGGUAGCAACAAGAAGCGGAAGGCCAAGGCUUCUGAGCAAGAUGGUGUACAAGAAAGUGCAAACAAGAAUAAAAAGAAGAACAAUCAGAAGGAGAAGAAGGAAACCACCCAAACUUCUUCAAACCAGAAAGAUCAAAAUGGAACUGUAAAGAGUGCCAUGAUUGGAAGCUCUAAGACCCCAGAUAAAUCUUCUGACAAGAAAAAUAAGAAGCAGAAGAACUCAAAUGAAGAAGCUACAGUGGAGAAACCAAGGCCAGCUUCAGUAGAGCGCAAUCAAGUGAAAUCUAAGGCUCCUCAAGAACAAACAUACCCAAGCGGGCUUGUUGUUGAAGAGUUGAAAUUGGGCAAACCCAACGGCAAGCAAGCUACUCCUGGAAAGCAGGUUAUUGUCCGUUACAUCGGCAAGCUUCAGAAGAAUGGGAAGAUCUUCGAUUCCAACAUCGGAAAAGCACCUUUCAAGUUCAAGCUAGGUCGUGGAGAAGUCAUUAAGGGAUGGGAUGCUGGAGUCAAUGGAAUGCGUGUUGGUGAUAAAAGAAAGCUUACAAUUCCUCCAUCAAUGGGGUACGGUGCUCGCGGUGCCGGUGGCCAGAUUCCUCCUAACGCAUGGCUGUCGUUUGAAGUGGAACUGAUUGAUGUUAAGUAAAAACCGCUCCGAGUUUAUAGAAUCUAUGAUUAGGAGUUAUCAGUUUCGUUGGUUGCAAGGAAUGUAAGGUGUGAUUUGUACCUGUGUCAAUGAUCGAUCCUUAACCUCUUGUACCUUUUGAGAAUGCUUUUGUUUUUUAAGUUGUCAUGUAUGAGUUACUCAUAUUUUUAUGUUAACUAGUUAUUCCUUUUCCUA